GCCCUGGUGUUAGCCCGGCCGCCGUGACCCCUUGGCCCGCUCCUCAUCUGUCGCAGCACGCGUUUAUCCAGCCGCGUGCCGGGAAGUUUGGUCCAGAAAGGUCCUGAGAAAGACCGUGUCAAAACCACCAAAAUCAAAUUAUUCCAUCAGCUGCUUCCCUUGAUCGACUUGAUCAAGACUGCAACCAUCCAAUCAACUCACCCACCAGACACCCCCUGCAAAUGCCCCUCUCCAGGGAAGAGAAGGGUGUUGGGGGUGCCACGCCAACAGCCCAGAGAUGUGCCAUCCACAGUCUGCCCUUUGUCCCCGGGUGGAGUUGCCCCACCGCAGAAGGUUGGUCAGGCAGGCCUUGCCCUUGGGGAAGCUGUGCUGGCUGUCCUGAAUCACCUCAUGCCCUCCUGCAGACCUCCUGGGGGAUCUGUUCCAUCAUCUUCCCAGGCCCAGCUGAGGCUGAGGAGUCGGUACACAUGGCAAGCUGGGGUGAUGGUGAGACAUGCCGUGUACUCCAGCACAGCUUCCAGGGCUCCAUCCUGCCAGUGGUGAGUUGCUCCAGACUCAAGACAGUUGCUGCUCUUGGAGAUGCUGCUGUGGGGCUGAACAACUCCACUGGCAGUGAGAGCAAGCCAGUGUCUCCGUGGAGGAUGGCUCCAAGGUUCCAAGCCAUGGGGAUGCUGCUCAGAUCGUCCUGUCUGACCAGGGAGUACUCCCAAAGGAUCUCCUUGGCCAGUGCCUUGAGGAGGAUGUGGCUGUCCUGGGACAUGUGGCUGCCAGGGGAUGCCCUCACGGUGGUGGCUAUGAUGGAUAUCAGCAGACCCUGUGUGUUGGUGCCAGCAGGGUCCCCAGGUCCAGAGUAUCAAGACGGAAGGGGACAAUCUUCCAUGGAGACAUCCAAAGUGCUACAUGAAAUUCUGAGGGAGCUGAGGAUGAUACUAGGAGGUGUGAAGAGCCUGAGCCUCAACAGCGCUGUCAGCAGGAGAUCCACCAACACUGGGGACAGCGGGGCAGACCCAAAUGCUGUGGAUAACAGGGCAAACCCAGACGCUGUGGUGGGCAAGGCAGACACAGGCGCUGUGGAUGCUAAUUCUUUCCAGAAGUACUGCAUUGAAGGAAUUGUGGCGGUCCUUGGCUCGAUGCUGCUGGGAAUGGUGCUGUGUUGUGUGCUCCAUGUGUGGAGGAAAAGGAGAAAGAAAACAUAGGAUCAGGAAGCACCUCACAGCUUCCUGAGCCAGUUUGGAGCGCCUGGACAGCCAGACAGAAGAGUAUUUGGAGGAGUAUAAAUAAAGAGCAGCAGCACAAUCAA